AUGGGGGUGACAUUGAAGAAACCUCCCAGAUCCCAGUUCGGCAAGCCGUCCAACUACCUCCGUCCGGAAAUCAAAGCGGUCGAUAUCAUCAUCGCAGGAGGCGGUACCGCAGCAUGCGUCCUUGCUGGUAGACUCGCUGAAGCAGACCCUAAUCUUCAAAUUCUUCUUAUUGAGCAAGGCAAAAACAGCUUGAGAAACAAAGAUGUUUGUUAUCCUGGCCUCGCUCUCGGUCACCUCGACCCCGAGAAGCAUAAGACGAAGAUGACUGCAUUGUUCUGGGAAGCCGAAAGUUCCAGCGAUGUUGGCGACAGGGCGCUUGUGGUGCCAUCCGGUGGCACGCUGGGCGGCGGGUCAGCUAUCAAUUUCAUGAUGUAUACGAGAGCACAAAAAUGUGAUUUUGACGCGUGGAAUACCCCUGGAUGGACCUCCGAUGAUCUGCUACCCUUGAUGAAGAGACUCGAGAAGUACGAUGGACCGUCCAUGCUGGACUCCAACUCACACCUCCACGGCGUUUCUGGUCCGGUCAGCAUCUCCGAUGCUGGACACCGAUUUAGCAGAUCGGAAAACGACUACAUCGAAGCGGCUGCAGCUGUAGGAUACCCUGAGACCCCAGAUCUGCAAGACCUUAUAUCCUGCAACCGAGUUAGUCGAUGGCUUCGAUACGUGGACAAAACUGGUCGACGACAGGAUACCGCCCAUGCCUAUUUGCAGAAGCUCCUGGACGGCAAGCCGGUCGAGAAUCUUCACAUCCUUGUUCAGCACAGUGUGAUCAGGGUGGUUUUUGACGAUAAAUCCGAUCCGAAGAGAGCCACGGGAGUCGAGCUCAUCCAGAACGAUAAUUUCCAUCCUUGUACAAAGCCUUAUGAAAAGGGACCCUUACGACCCGAGAGGAGAAUCGUGAAGUCAAGAAAACUGGUCGUGAUAUCCUGCGGCGCUCUAGGUACGCCUCUGGUACUCGAGAGAUCAGGCGUUGGGGAUCCAGAGAUCCUGGCUAGAGCACAAGUGCCAGUCGUGGCCGAGGUUCCUGGUGUUGGCAAUGAUUACCAAGACCACAACGGUAUCUUCUCUUUGUAUAAGACCUCCCUGGGCCCAUCCGAAACGCUCAACAAUAUGCUGAGACGCCACAUUUCUCUGGCCCAGGCCGUGAAGCCUGGAGAUCGGAGAGCUUUCUGGAAUGCGAUUGAUGUCGCUGCAAAAGUGCGACCAACGGAUAGAGAGGUUGAACAGAUGACUACGGAAUUCCAGCGUGCCUGGGAACUGGACUUCCAAAAUCAACACAGCAAGCCACUCGCGUUAUUUGCUUUCAUCUCAGCUUGCCCAAGAGUGGAGGAGAAUUCCGAAGACGAGCUGGUCACCGUCGUCAGCUACAAUGCCUAUCCCUAUUCGCGUGGCUCCAUUCACAUUACGGACGACAAGAAAGGGUACGCCUUUCAAACAGGAUAUCUCUCGGACCGAUUUGAUCUCGAAGCUCAUGUGUGGGCGUACAAGAAGCAGCGCGAGAUCAUGAGGCGAACUAAAAUGUUCCAAGGCGAGUUCCAACCUUCGCACCCGCGGUUUUCGGAUGACUCCAACGCGUUUAUUCCCGCAAACUUUGUGCCCUUCGAAGGCGUUAUUCAAGAUAUAGUCUACACUCCUGCAGAUGACCUUGUCAUCGAGGAGUAUAUCAGGCAGAAUAUUACCACUACCUGGCAUUCCCUCGGUACAGCUAAGAUGGCACCUCUGGCAGAACAUGGGGUGGUUGACAGCUACUUGAAUGUACACAGAGUGAAGGGUUUGAAGGUUGUUGAUCUGAGUAUUGCACCAAAGAAUGUGGGAGCAAACACAAACCAUACAGCGAUCCUGAUUGGAGAAAAAGGAUUCGAUAUCAUAGCAAGCGCGUUGGGGUUGAGUAUCCCAGACCCAGAAGCCGCAGACGCCGUGGUCCAUGACAAGAUGAAGAAGGAGUUUGUUCACAAGUGCACGGUGGAGGUGAAACUGCCGAAAGAGCUAGUCCUUUGCGAGAGUUGUAUCUAUUGCAACAAGCAUUUUGAUGAGUACGCAAAGUAUCGAGCGGUAGAUGCUUCGAGUGAGGAGGGUUCAGGCCCAUGGGCUUGUGUUCCUUGCGGAGAGCAUCAUGUGGAUCAGGACUCGGACUAUUCAGACGACUCGAAGAAGCCAAUCGAUUCCGGCCAGGAGGACGAAGACGAGAGUUAUACGCAGGGACAGAGGGAACUCUCCGACAUCGAGUCCGUGGAUGAGGAUAUUGCUGCUCCUAGCGCUGUACAUUGCUGUGCCAAUUUCUAUAACGGGUUCAGUUGCGACCACUGUAAGGAAGAGCGCAGGGAGGUAAGUGUCGAAGUGAACGAAAUAAACGAUGAAAGCGAUCCAGAUGAAGAGAGCCACGAAAAUACAGUUGGUGAUACAGGCUUGACAAGCAGACCAUGUGCAUGCGAUGAUGGCUACUCCGUCUGCGAGUAUCACGAAGAGGCUGGGAAGCUAGAAGAUCUUCGCUACACCCUCAGGAUGGUCCAGGCGCGUAUCGGCCAAGCAAAUAAGGUACUUGGAAGCGGCGGCCUGGAGCCAAUCGAGAGGCUUAGGGAACAGGAGAAACUCGACGAGGAAAUACUCCAUAGCGAGAGGAUUGAGUUGCAAAUCAGGACGAAAGUGGACAGGCUCACAGAGAUGACGACUCGAGAGGAGUAG